GGUCGGAGGCACCCAGCCGGCCAUGCCUCCCCCUAAGACCCCUUUCCACAUCGAUGCUCUCCUCGCCGAACCCCCACGGCCCGGCCACGCAGCCCCCGGCCCGCCGCCUCCCAUCCCUCUCCCCAUGCCGGGGCCGGGAGCCUGGAGCUGGGGCUGCCGCUGGGGAGGAGGUCUGGAGUUGUCUCACUGCACAGGGGCCGACCCGCUGGGCCCUGCUGUGCCAUGGAGGUCCGGAGGGCCCUGCAAAAUGAAGAGGGUGCGCACAGUCUUCAAGCCAGAGCAGCUGGAGCGGCUGGAGCAAGAGUUCCUCAAGCAGCAGUACAUGGUGGGCACAGAGCGAGUGGACCUGGCUGCGACACUGCGUCUCACAGAGACCCAGGUGAAAGUCUGGUUCCAGAACCGGAGGAUCAAAUGGAGGAAGCAAAGCAUGGAGCAGAAGAAAGCAAAGCUGUCACAGUUUGGGGUGAUGCAGCCCGCCUCUGCUGGCCCCACAGAUGUCAAGGAGCACGAGGAGGACACGGUGGACGUUGAGCUUUGAGGAGCUGAUGGGAUGCAGCUGCCACUGUUGUUUUUGCAGCCAUGCCUGCCUGAUGGAGGUACUGGGGAUGCAGGCACAUUUGAGCUUGCUUGGUCCAAGCUAGACUCAAAAGUUCUUGCUCUGAGAGUUUUGAGCUACAGAACUAAACUGCCACUGGGUGGGAAGAAGCAUCCAAGUGUAGAGAUGCCCUGCUUGGUAACCAGUGCUGUAACUCUUGAUGCUUGAUGGUUCCAUCGCCAUGGCAAAGCAUGUGAUUUCAUUUGUUAUCACAGUGCAAGGAAGCACAGUUUCCAAUAGAGAGGCUGGGGUGACAGUCAGUCCAUGUCUCUGACAGCUGUGAGCAUGGCAGCAUCUGAAAAAGGGGUCACUCCUGUUGCAGGUACUGUGUGCUCCUAUGAGGGAGAGCUGUGUUGGGAGGAGAUUUGGCUCUGAUUGUUUCUCCUGGUCAUCUUGAUUCCUAUGUUGGAUGCUGAGAUCACAACAAGAACAAAAAAAAAGUGGAAACUGAAAAGUCCUUUACUCCCGCCUGCAUCAUUUUUAUCAUUAUUGUAUUUAUUUUCAUGUAUUAUUCAUGCAACAUGAUGAACAGGGUCUGACUCUGCCCCUAGAGCAGCAGUGCUCCUCCUCCUGUCCAGUGCCUUGCUGUCUUCCUGCCUUUCUUUUGCCUUUCAGAGUGUUUUUUUUGCCUUACUUCACCAUGGUUUGCACAGGGAACAAGGGUCUCAUGAGGCUCUCAGAGGUGCAGAGACCAGGGCUGUUAUAAACCAGCAGCUCUCCAACACCUCUGCUGUGUCAGACGGCCCCCUGCCCUCAUCCAGAUGUGCUGGUCCUGGCCCAGAUGGCGGCUGCUCACUUCUCUCCUCGUUAUACACUGCAGUGCUGUGGGAAGCAGCACCUGGAGAGCUUGGCAAGCACACUUGCAACCACACACUGCAGCUUACCGUCAUAUUCCUGGUGGGUGGGAGGGCUCCGAGGGGUCAGGACUGAGCAUUUAAGUUUCUCUGUGUUUUAGUAAUUCCUAGGGGCUGGUGUGCACUGCAGCAGCAGCUUUUGGCCAUGCAGACAGUGCUCAGGCUGUCACCUCAUCCCCAGGGCACCAGGCGCAACAUCCCGUGAGCUCAGGGUAAUUCAUCACUUCUCUUUCCGACCACAGAAUCAUAGAAUGGCCUGGGUUGAAAAGGACCACAAUGAUCACCUGGUUUCAAGCUCCUGCUGUGUGCAGGGUCACCAACCAGCAGAACAGGCUGCCCAGAGCCACAUCCAGCCUGGCCUUGAAUGCCUGCAGGGAUGGGGCAUCCACAGCCUCCUUGGGCAACCUGUUCCAGUGCCUCACCACCCUCUGAGUGAAAAACUGUAUAUUGCUUUCUUCUAGUGUUAGAGAGAAAAGAAAUAACAUUCUUUUCUCCUUGCCAAGCGUUGCUUCUUUAUUUGCUUUGCAAACAGUGUGUCUAAGAGGGAAGAUGAGAUUGGGAGAGGACAGCAGGGCU